AUGGUAACAAAGGAAAAUCGAGCUGCAUUUAUCACUAUAAUGACAGCCACUACAUCUUUAUCAGGAGUAUUGAUGGCAAUUAUAGCGUGGAUAGUCCCAUACUGGAGACAUUUCCUUAGAGUAAUUUAUGCACCAUGCUUACUGUUUCUACUUUACAUUUUUCUACUGGAUGAAAGCAUCCGAUGGCUAUUAAUCACUGGACGGAAAAAUGAAGCUAAGAACAUUAUAAGAGAAGCUACGAAAAUGAAUAAAGUAGAUAUUACUGAAGCUGAAAUUGAUAAUAUAUCUUAUGUCAAAAGAACUGAGGGUGACAUUGGAUUGUUGAAAGUCUUGAAGGUUACUUUCUCGUCACGAAAGUUAGUUGCGAGAAUUGGAGGAUGUGUUUGUAUGUGGAUUGUUACGCUCUUUAAUAAGUACGUGUUGAUAUUAAAUUCCGUUGAAUUGGAAGGGAACAAGUAUAUUAACUAUGGUUUGACACAGAUAUCAGAAUUACCAGCCAGCUUUUUAUUAGUUUUCAUUUUGAAUAAGUUCAAAAGAAGAAUACCGUUGACAGUUUCGUUCCUUUUGACUGGAGUAUUCUGUGGGGCAAGGGCGUUUGUUCCUAAAGGGCACAUAGUUCUAUCAACAUUUUUGUUCCUUGUCGGCAAGUUCAUGGCAGCAAUAUCUUCUGCAAUAGUGUACUUGUACACCGCUGAACUGUUUCCCACUCAAACACGGAGUACUAUGCACUCGUUGUGUUCUUCCAUAGGUCGAACAGCAACAAUUUUGGCACCUCAAACUCCGUUACUUAUGCGAUACUGGUAUGGACUGCCUUCACUGCUCGUUGGGGUGUUAUCACUAGUAACAGGACUAUUAGUGUUAAUGAUGCCCGAUACAGCGGAAGAUGUAUUACCAGAUACUGUUUUUGAAGCGGAAAAUGUUGGCUCUAAGGAGACUAACAAAGAUAUUGAAGUUACUAAGUUCUGA